AGAGAGAGAGAGAAGGAGAAAGGAACAGAGAGAGAGAGAGACCCGCGGCGAGACAGGCAGAGAGAGAGUGAGAGAGCAAAGUGGGAUAGGGAAAACUCCGGGAGGGAGGGAUAGAGAGAGAGAGGGAUAGAGGGAGGGAGUGUGGGAUAGAGGGAGGGAGUGGGAUCCCUCCGCCUGCGCUGUUUGUAACAAAGGAGCAAGCGGCACAUUAAAGGGAUCGAGAUUCCGCGAUCGGAUCCCGGGGAUUCCCAGUGAUCCCGAAUGUGCCCAGCCAGUCCUGGUGAUCCCACAUUCCCUGUGAUUCCCAGUGACUCCCUAUUCCCGAAGAUUCCCAGUUUCCAGUGAUUCCUGUUUUUCCUGAUUGUUUUUGGUAAUUCCCAGUUAUUCCCGAUUAUUCCAGACUGUUCAAGGUUAUUCCUGGUCAUUCCCUAUGCCUGCUGAUUCCCAGGGAUUGCAGUUCCCAGUGACUCCUGGUGAUUCCAUGAUCCCAGACAUUCCCAGUCAUUCUGUUUCACAGUGAUUCCUACAAUUCCCAGUAGUUCCCACAAUUCCGAGUGAUUCCCGGUCAGGAUGCGUCUCUCCAUGAUCCUGGCCCUAGUGCGGCCAGUUGGUCCAGUAGUAAUCGGAAUCUCUCUGGGAUUCACACUGAGUCUAUUGAGCAGUGGCUGGGGAGAUGAACCUUGUUCCCAGCCUCGGGAAGGAGCCGGGAUCCGGGGCAGGAAGCCCAGCUCCGUGGCAGCUGCUCCUGGUGGAGAGAGUGAAUCCAAGCGGCAGGAAUUUGAACCCCGGAUCGUCCCGUAUAAAGCAGCAAAUGUGAAAAACCAAGGGAAGAAGACUGUCAGAUCGCGUUACAUUAGCACUGAGCUGGGGAUCCGGGAAUGUUUGUUUGUGGGAGUUCUCACAUCGAAAACUACUCUCAACUCUCUGGCCGUGGCAGUGAACCGGACAAUUGGCCACCACAUUGACAAGGUCCUGUACUUCACCGGCACCAGGAGCAGGAAGAUCCCACACGGAAUGUACAUUGUCACCCACGGCGAUGAGCGGCCGAUCUGGAACAUGUACCAAACCGUGAAGUACAUCUUUGAGCAUUACAGCAGUGAGUAUGAUUGGUUCUUCCUCAUUCAGGAUGACUCCUACACUGAGAGUGAUCGCAUCAAAAGCCUCGUGAACCACCUGAGCAUCAACACUGACCUGUAUAUGGGCUGUCCUCAGGAGUUCAUCGGGGGUGACACGGAUGGCCAUUACUGUCACGGUGGGUUCGGCUUCCUGCUUUCCCGCAGCCUCCUCAUCAAAUUACAGCCACAUCUGGAAACCUGUCAGAAUGACAUCCUGAGCUCCAGGCCUGACGAGUGGCUCGGUCGAUGCAUCAUUGAUUACGUGUCAGUGAGUUGUGUCAGUGAGUAUGAGACCCUGCGCUACCGAUACUUUGCACUGGGGAAGGAUGAUGAGCUGGGAAAGGAGGAUUCUCCACAGUUCAGGAAUGCCCUCACUGUCCAUCCGGUUGUGGAUCCCGUCCAGAUGUAUCGGCUACAUAAACGUUACACUGAGCUGGAGCUGGAGAAAACCUACCGAGAGAUUGAAGAUUUGCAGGAUGAAAUCCGGAAUGUCAGUGGGCUGAUGGCUGAAGGGGAGAAGGUGAGCAGUUGGCCGGUGGGGAUUAACCCUCCUUUUGAGCCCCGUACCCGGUUCGAGGUCCUGCGCUGGGAUUAUUUCACUGAGGAGCAACUCUUCUCGUGCAUCGACGGCUCGCCAAAGUGUGAGUUGCGUGGGAUCGACAAGAUGGACAUCAGCAACAUCAUCGAGACAGCAGUGGAGGAGCUGAACAAGAAGUAUCUGCCCACCCUGGAGCUGCGGAAGGAGCAGCUGGUGAAUGGUUAUCGGAGGUUUGACCCCACCAGGGGCAUGGAGUAUACCCUGGACCUACAGCUGCAGGUGCUCACCCAGAAAGGGCACAGUCGCUCCAUCACCAAGAGGGUAUACCUGGUCCGGCCUCUCAGUGACAUUGAGAUCAUCCCCAUGCCCUACGUGACUGAGGCCACCAGGGUCCACAUCAUCCUGCCCCUCACCGUCCAUGAGAGGGAGCAGGCCAUUCGCUUCCUCGAGCUGUAUGCUGUCAAUGCGCUGGAGAGUAACGAGAACGCAAUCCUCACCCUCCUCUUCAUCUACGACCCCUUUGAAGCUCAGAGGGUCAAUCAGAACGAUAUCUUCAGCAGCGUCAAAGCCAAGAUUGUGGACUGUGAGAGGAAGUACCCGGAAUCGAAGAUUCCCUGGAUUAGUGUGAAGACAGACUCCCCGUGCCAACUGAAAAUCAUGGACAUCAUUUCCAAGAAGCAUCCGGUAGACACCUUGUUUUUUGUGGCCGGCAUCAACAUGGAGAUCAACUUUGAGUUCCUUAACCGCUGUCGCAUGAACACCAUCAACCAAUGGCAAGUCUUCUUUCCCAUCCACUUCCAGGAGUAUAACCCAGAGGUGGCCUAUCACAACCAGCCCCAGCCACUGACCAUUGACCUGCUGAAGGAUUCCGGCCACUUUGACCGCGAUUUCUUCGACGCCGCCUGUUUCUACAACUCGGAUUACAUGGCCACACGUGGGAGAAUGGUGUCUGACUCCCUGGAGAACGAGGAGAUCCUGGAGAGCCUGGACCUGUACGAGAUGUUUGUGCAGUACUCCAACCUCCACGUCUUCCGUGCCGUGGAGCCCGGCCUGCGGCAGAAGUACAGCCAGCGGCUGUGUAACCCGCGAGUGAGCGAGGAGAUCUAUCACCACUGUGUGCAGAGUAACGUCCAGGCACUGGGCUCACGCUCCCAGCUGGCAAUGCUGCUGUUUGAGCAGGAACAAGGAAACAGCACCUGAGAGACGAGGAGGAAGCUCUCCGUCCUUGCUACUGUCCCGGGUGCUGGGAUCUUGCACCCCCACCCCCUCCCAAUCCCUGUGUCCUCUACUCAUGGAACUGGACAAACUCCUCACCUGCAAACAGACAGCACCGUCAUCACCAGCUGAAAGGGUCCCAGUCUGGAGCAUUGACAUGGCCACCUUCUCUCAGGCCUCAGUCUACAGGAAAGCUGCCAUCCCAUAAUGACCCAGCCCACUGCGAACACAAACCCAAACCAACAAAGACCAGGACAGUGUUCACUUUAAUUCCCUUCACCCCAUCCCACGCCACGACGCUCUCUCACCUCCUGUGACCCUGUGAUGCUGGUGGGGUGGGGGGCAA